AUGAAGCUGUCCCUCAUUCUCGCCAUCUUGCCCGCCGUGUUGGCUGCGCCCGCGACCAAGCGUGAUGAGCCUGCUCCCCUCUUGAUCCCUCGCGGCUCCAAGCAGCUCAUAGCGGACAAGUACAUUGUCAAGUUCAAGGACAGCAUGUCUAUUGCAGCCGUCGACAAGACCGUCAAGGCGCUUUCCAACAAGGCCGACCACGUCUACACCAACACCUUCCGUGGCUUCGCCGGACAGCUCAGCGCCAAGGAUGUCAAGGCUCUCCGGGAGCGGCCCGAUGUCGAGUACGUUGAACAAGACUCCAUUGUCACGAUCAACGCCUUGAAGCAGCAGCCUGGCGCCCCGUGGGGCCUCGGCCGCAUCUCCCACCGUGAGCCUGGCAGCACCACCUAUGUCUACGACAGCAGUGCCGGCCAGGGCACCUGCGCCUACGUCAUUGAUACCGGUGUCGAGGCAUCUCACCCAGAGUUCGAGGGCCGUGCUACCAUGGUUCGCAGCUUCAUCAAUGGCCAGGCCACAGACGGUCACGGCCACGGCACCCAUUGCGCGGGCACCAUCGGGUCCAAGACGUAUGGCGUGGCCAAGAAGACCAAGAUUUACGGCGUCAAGGUGCUCAGCAACCAGGGCAGCGGUGCCGUGUCGGUCAUCAUUGCCGGCAUGGACUUUGCUGUCCAAGACUCGCGGAAGCGCAGCUGCCCCAAGGGCGUGGUGGCCAACAUGAGUCUGGGUGGCGGCUUCUCUGCGGCCAUCAACAACGCGGCGGCCUCCAUGAUCCGGUCGGGUGUCUUUCUGGCCGUUGCCGCCGGCAACGACAACACGGACGCAUCCGGCUCCUCUCCCGCAUCGGAGCCCACCGUCUGCACCGUGGGCGCCUCGACGAUUUCGGAUCAGAGGUCAUCAUUCUCCAACUACGGCUCAGUUGUCGACAUCUUUGCUCCCGGCAGCGACAUUCUCUCCACCUGGAUCGGCGGACGCACGAACACCAUCUCGGGCACGUCCAUGGCCACUCCCCACAUUGCCGGCCUGGGCGCCUAUCUCGCCGGCCUCGAGGGGUUCAGCGACCCCCAGGCGUUGUGCAGCCGCAUUCAGGAGCUCGCGACCUCAGAUGUGCUCACCGACAUCCCCGACGGCACUGUCAACAAACUCGCCUUUAACGGCGCAUCGCAAUAG